GGCGGAGCCGCCGCCCUUUCCCCACCCCCGGCGCCCGGCCCUGCCGCCAGCCCUGCGCUCCUCCAGCCGCCCUGCGCAUCUCGCCGGCCACAUCGUCCGCACCAUGAAGGCGCUCCUGCUCGCUGUGCUGGCCGCGGUGCUGUGCGUGGAGAGAGCCCACACGCUCGUCUGCUUUUCCUGCUCGGAUGCCUCCUCCAACUGGGCCUGCCUGACGCCUGUCAAGUGUGCAGAGAAUGAAAACCACUGCGUGACGACGUACGUCGGAGUGGGACUCGGCGGGAAAUCCGGCCAGUCCAUCUCCAAGGGAUGCUCUCCCAUCUGCCCCAGCGCCGGGAUCAACCUGGGAAUAGCGGCCGCCUCCGUUUACUGCUGCGACUCCUUCCUCUGCAACAUCAGCGGUUCCAGCAGCGUCCGAGCCAGCUCCACCAUCCUGGCCUUGGGAAUCCUCAUCAGCUUCAUCUACGUCCUGCAGGCUCGCCAGUGAUGGGGCUGCCUGAGGAAGGAGCCGCCUCCCACGGGUCUCGUUAGCCAAUAUCUUCUCUGUUGCUGUCUGCAGGGAGAUCCUCUACUUCUCAGCAGGCUUCCAAGGUGAUUGUUUCCCAGACUUUUUCUGCUCUUCCAAGCGAGUUGGAGACCUGGGUGGUUUGGCUGAGCUUGUUCUCCUCCUCCUGUGGACGUCUCCCGCUGCACUCUCGCUCCUCCUUCGCCGAGGUGGAUGAUUUUUGGAAGGGUUUCUGCUUUUUCUACCUAUUAAUAAUCCCCCUCCCACCCCCCUAAUUUCUAAAGUUGGUUAAGCCAGGCUGGGACUCGCUGAGAACAGAUUCACCCCAAGCACCACCAGGUCUGCUCCAGCACAUGGGUGGCACAGGCAGCGGGAAUGCAGGAUCCAAAGGGAGACACAUUCCUCCUGGCCCCUCACAGCUGCAGUCUCUUUUUAUAAAAUAGUCUCGUUUCUUCUGAUCCUGGGCUGACUUUUCUGGAAAACCAAUGCCGUGUACCUUGUCCUUCCAAGUUCUGUAAGUGCCAGACCUGAAUAAACUUGCUCCUGUUGUUACCUGAGAUGGGACGUGUGUGUGUUUCCUUGCUCCAGGGAUUUAGGAACUCUUUCAUGGAAAAUCCCAAUGUUGGUACCCAGCACGAGGGUCCCUCACCCUCCUGAGCAGCUUUUGGGUGCUUCAUCUCCACAUCCCUUCCAGCUGUGAGCAGCAAAUCCAUCUCCUCCCUGUUGCUGUCCUUCCUGAUAAAAACCUCUGGGCCAGCUUGUUCCACCUCCCUUGGGAAUGACUUUUUCCAGGUGCAUUUUACUGCUAAAUGCCAGCUUUUGGGGCCUGAGUCAACUCUAACGGAGCAAUUACCCUGGCAGGAGGACUCUGAAGUGAAUCUUCAUUUUACAAAGACUUGGUGCCUCAGUUUCCCCACUUUGGACUUGUCAUGGUGACCACCACAGUGGUGAUACCUGAAUGACCAUGGGCAACAGGUCUGAAAAAUGUGGUGGAGUCAGAGGAGAAGUCAAUACCCAGAAUUUUAGGUCCAACCUUCAAUGCCUGAUGGUGCCCAUGGACUGCUGGAGGUGACUUCACCACCCAACCUUCCACAUCUGCUGUCCCUCAGCUCCCAGGAUCUUCCCAGGUGUUUUGGCAAGGCUUUUCCUAGAAGUUCUCAGCUAUCCCAUGGGAGAUGUGUCCUCCUGCCCUCUCUGUGUCAUCUGUCCUGCCUACUCUGCUUGCCUGUGGACCUGCUCGCCACAAACCAAGCCAGAAUUCAGCCUUAAACUGUCAAGUUCAAGCUCUUUGUCGCUUCUUCUGAUUGAUCAGAGGUGCACUGGGGCUUUUUUUUCUUCUCUUUCUAGCAGCAAAACCCAGGUGUUGGCACAUUUUAGCCAUGCCUUGUACCUGCUUCUCCUGUUCUGUGUCAAAACCCAAACAAAAGCUCCACAAACUUUCAGUUCCACCUCUGUCCCCUCUUCAGGUAGUGAUAAAUGUAAGGUGGCUGCAGAUGUACAGAAAUGUUGGUAACAAAAGUGGUUUUAUGGUUUUUUUCUCCCCCCUCCCUUCUCCCCCUCUUUUAAUUAAAGGGACAGAGAUGUUAAUGACAGCUCUUCCAACAGGAGGGAUGGGUUGCUGGGACGUGAUCUGCAAUUUAGGGGUUAAUUUGGGAAGAAUGCAUCACUUGUGCUGGUCCUUGGAUGUGCCUUCCUUUGGAUAAUGCAUCCUCCUGGGACCUUGGGGCCUGAGGUGCCCCACAAACCUCUGCUAUGCACGUGGGGCACAGGGAAAAUUGGGGAAAACCUUCCUAAACCAAGAUGAAUAUUCCCCAGCUUCCCUGUGCCUCAGCCUUCCUCCCAAAAGGGUUCCAAACCUCUUUUUUGGGGUUCAUUUGUCCCUCAGCACUUGCUGUGACACCGACGUGGCACCCAGAGCACUCUACAUUGAAUUUAGGGAGGCUCUGUCUUUUCUGGCCGCCUGGAAAAAGGUUUUGGGGUUGGUUUGGGACUCGAUUACCUUUAGCAAAGAGCUGAGCUUCAAAGCCAUCAGCUGUGUCCUGAUGUCCGUCCAUGCUUUUAUGAGGAUCCUGGCGAUGCCACACUGGGCAACCCCAUGGGCUGAAGACCUGGUUGUCUCCUCCAAGGGCCCUGGUUGUCUCCUCCAAGGGCCAUCUCCUUCCUUUCUUGGGGUUCCUUGGCCAGUGCCAAGGAUGUGGUUGUGCCAGGCUCAUGGGAAGAACAUCCACAGGCUGCUUAUCCCAAUAAAUAGCAAAUUACAUUCAUGGAUUUGCCUGGGGAGGGAGCUGAGGGUUGGUUGGAUAAAUUUCACAAGGAGAUUUGGGUUUUUUCCUCGCUCUCUUUUUGUCUCUUCCUUCCCGUGUACUAGAAUAUGGAAAAAAGGUAUAUUUUCAGUAUUUCCUUUCCUGGCAAAAAAGACAUUUGGAUAGAUCCAUGUGUGUUUGAGAGAGGGAGGGGGUUGACAGCUUGUCACAGUUGAAUCCCAAGCACUUUCUCAUCAGUCAUGCCAACUCGCACUAUUCCUGGUCCUACUCUAGGUUUAUUUUUUGCCUCCAGAUCCCCAGAAUGACAAACCUGGUGAGAACCUCGUCUGUUGUAAAACCCAGGCUUAAAAAUGGGCAGGUGAAAUGAUUAAAAUCAUUAAUAAUAAGGCAAUAAGUAGGAAAAGCAAUGGGAUUUAUGAAGUGUUCAGACUGGUGGGUGGGUUGUUGAUCUAAAUGCUGGAUUUGGAAUUUGAGGGCCGUGGUGGGACAGCCCUGAAGUGCUUUGGAUGUGUUUCUGUGGACUGUGGAAUUAAGAGAUCAAAAUCUGAGCAGAAAACUCAGAUAUUCACCUGUUCUGACAAGACAAGAGGUUAUGAGGGGAGGAGGUUUGGCUCCCUAGAAGCAUAAAAUAUCCUGGAAGAGUUUUUACUGGAAAUUAAGAGCUAAAGUGAAAUACCUGCCCACUUUGGAGCGUGUUGCUGAGAAAAUGCUUUCAGUGCUUCCAUCCUGGAAAUGGCUGUAAUUCACCAGCAGCUGCUGCCAUCUCCCACCACCCCACCAAGGGCUCGAAUUUUUGUGGAUUGUCUAAAAAUGCUCAAAAUCCAUUGUGGCAUCAGCACUUCCCACCCAGGAUCUGGGGGUUUGCUGUUUGCCCAAGAAAAGGACUCCAAAACGAGCACAGUUCUUCCAGCUGGUUUUGAGAAUUGUUUUUUUUUUUUUUUUUUAAAGGGCAAAAUUUCUUUUGGAAACCACAAACCUGACGUGACUUCCUUGCUGCAAGAGAAUAAAUGAUCAGUUGCUUGAUUAUUGCUCCAAGGAUCCACUUUGCUGCUCCAAGGAUGUCCUGGAUUGGUGUUGGUUUGCUCAAGUUGGGGUUUUUUUUUUUGAAGGGACUUGUCUCCCAGGGACUUUAUUUGUUGUGGAAAAAGGAGGCUGUGGUCCCACCACCCCUGCGGGAAGCUCUGGUGAGGGUGUCUGUGUGUCCAUGGGAUGAGUUAUAGGAUCCGUGCCCUCUGGAAAAAGCAGAUGUGGUGCACAUCUGGAUGCCUGGAGGUUUAGGGCUCUUUCCCUUGCUCUGGUUGGUCUCGGCUGUUUGGGUUGAAGGUGGCUCUGGAUCCUUGAUCCUGAAGGAGUUAUUUCACCCCUCUCUGAGGCUGUGGAACGGGAAUGGGAACAGAAAUGCCCGGUUUUGCAUUUUGGGAAUGCCCAUGGUGCCCAGGGAAGCGAAGCCCUGGGUUGGUCCUGCCACCUACUGGCUUUUGCCAGGCUUGGUGGAGGAACUUUGAAGUCCAAAUCUCCGAAAUCAAGGCAGAUGAGCUGCCACAAACCAAAUAAUUGCACCCAAACCAGAGGGUCAUCAUCAGCAGAGGCAGAUUGAAGGUUUUAAUUUGUCCAGCUUUGCUCUGAUUGUGGAAAUUAAGAAAUAAAAGGCUUGUGAGGCUUCCCAAGUCCAACAUUUUCCAUGGGAGCACUUUUUCCCAGCCCUAAUCCUCCAGUUCCAUCAAAUGAAAAUACGGAAAGCCAAUUAAAUGUUGCAGAAAAAAUAAAAAAAACGUUGGCACGUUUUAUUUCAGCUUUGUUGGAUGAUCCGAGGUGGUUUCCCUGAAAUGCUGAUUUUACUAAUUCCUAUCUGUGAGAUUUGUAACUGUGUAUUAUCUUUAUUGUAACAGGAUAAACGGGAUAAAGAAGCAUCCAUCCCUUUAAAUAUAUUAACCUAAGUAUAAGUGAAGUGUAUGUUCCAUCUUGUUUCUUAUACUCUAAUAAAAAAAUAUAUGGAAUUAAUUAAAAAAAAUAUACACUUGGAAGGA